AUGUCCCCCCAGCUCGUCUGGUUAAUCACAGGAACCACUUCAGGCCUCGGUCGACGGCUCGUAGCAUCUGUUUUGGCUCGAGGUGACCGUGUGGUAGCCACCGCACGCUCUCUAGCAAAAUUACAAGCCCUUCACCCAUCCGGAGACUCUGGAAAUCUCCAUCUCGUUCAGUUAGACGUUACCGCAGGUUUUGACGCCAUCAAAACUGCAGUCGACGACGCCGUUUCGAGAUGGGGAAAGAUUGAUGUGCUUGUAAACAAUGCUGGCACCGGAUGCCUUGGACUCCUAGAGGAGAGUGGAACGAAAAUGCUGAGAGAGCAGUUUGAAACAAACGUUUUUGCUGUUGUUGAUGUCACCAAUGCCGUCCUCCCUUAUAUGAGGGCGCAAAAGCAAGGAACGAUAGUCGUUAUCGGCAGUCGCUCCGUAUGGAGGGCAGAUACUGCGGGGAUCGGAACGUACGCAGCAUCAAAAGCAGCUAUUCAUGCUAUAACCGAAUCCCUCAGCUCCGAAUUAGCCCCAUUCAACGUCCGUGUGCUCCUCGUCGCACCAGGCGCCUUCCGCACCGAAGGGAUGUAUUCGAUCCCCUUCAACGUUAAGAACCCCAUUUCGGACUACGAUGAUAUUCGCACCUCCGCUAUCGCACGCUUCGGUUCCGUUCCGGGGACGGAACCCGGCGACCCUGUGAAAGCGAUGGAAACACUGGUCGAUACGGUAAGAGGCGAGGGUUCAGCAGAAGGAAAGGCUUGGCCUACUUGGUUAUUGUUGGGCCACGAUGCGGAGAAGGACUUGCGGACCAAGUGGGAUAAGUUGAGGACUACGUUGGAGGAAUGGGGAAGUGUUGUUCGGGGUGUCUGGUUUUGA